CCUGUUAUCAAUAGAUUAAUAAGUAUUUAUGACUUGCAAGAAAAAGUAAUGAUGAAUUUGCAGUGUGAUGGUCUCAGACAAUGUUUACAUUUUUCUGCUAUUUUUCCAGAUUGAACUGAAAUAAAAAAAAUGCUUGCCAAUAAGAAGCAUAGCGUAAUGUUUAUUUACUUGUACUGUGGAGAAAAACAAGAAAGUGCAGUGAAAUCACUGAAUAAGAUACUAUUGAUAUGCAAAGCGGUGUUGUUUCAAAUGACGCAUUUCAGAAUUAGCAGCACAGCCUUAGGUACCAAACGUCAUUUUGAAGAAUGCUUGAUCAUCAUCGAAAAGAUUAGAAUAUCGUUUACUGUUAAUGAGCUAAAAUCCCCAUGAACUUUCAUUUAUGUUUAGAAAUGUGCGGCUUACAAAUCAGUGCGUUUGUUUGCGGUUAAAGAGUUACAUAGGCUAAGUAGUCAUUGUGUUAUGAGUUCGACUGCAUGGAUCUGGGCACGAUGUUUGUAUUUAAAACAUACGUGUAUUUCUUUUAUUUGGUGUUAAAAUAGUUGGUUUCGUGUAUAUAGAAAACAACUGCAAAACACUGGAGAACAUAUAAACUUCAGUUAUCAAAUAUAGCCCACUCUGUAAGCUUAAUUCAACCAGUCUGAAGCUGACAUAAAAAAAACAUACUACUUUAAUAGAGGCAAUCUUUUUGGUGUCUUUUUGUCGAAGUCAUUUUGUAAGUGGAACUCUCAUUUUUGCAUGCUGUCAUCUGGGCAACAAACCGAAGAAAGAAUGAGUAACAAAGACGAGGGCAGUAGCAAGUGUUCAUCAGUCCCUAUCUCCAAUUUUACGAUCCAGUCAAUUCUCGGCGGUACUACUGAAGGUGGUCGAUCAGGUAGCAGAGAGAUUUCCAGGGGAGAGGUGCAAAGGAAGAGGACUCUGUCGGUGUCCUCCGAAGAAGAAUGCAGCACGGGAGAGGAAACGUGCUUCAAAGAGCGCGGCUAUGUAUGUUCGGAACCUGGACACAGCGACACAUGCAGCUCCCCACAGCAGCAGCCCAUAAACUUCGCUUGUAUCGGUGCCACCAAAGGAUUAACAGUUCGACAAGAUGGACUGGAAAGAAAGCACAUUCCGCCACAGCUGAUACAGGAUUAUAAAGAGGAGAAGGACAGAUCUUGUAGUCAAAUAUCGCCGAUUUUAGAGGACAGACCAAGAGAUCCAAACGACAAACAAAGCAGUUCUGCCAAGAAGAAAACACGCACUGUUUUCUCCCGGAGUCAGGUGUAUCAACUCGAGUCCACAUUUGACAUGAAGCGCUAUCUUAGCAGCUCAGAGAGGGCCUGCUUGGCCUCAAGUCUACAGUUAACAGAGACUCAAGUCAAAACGUGGUUUCAGAAUCGCAGAAACAAAUGGAAGAGACAGCUAUCUGCUGAACUAGAAGCAGCUAACAUGGCUCACGCUUCGGCUCAGACUUUAGUGGGGAUGCCACUCGUUUUCAGAGACAAUUCAUUAUUGAGAGUUCCAGUUCCCAGGUCUAUUGCGUUUCCUACCCCACUGUAUUAUCCGGGCAGUAAUCUCCCAGCACUGCCUCUAUACAAUCUCUACAAUAAAAUUGACUACUGACUUAAAGUAAAAAAAGAAACGAAAACAUAAAAUGUAUAUUUAUAUAUACCUGACAGCAUUGUGUGUAGAUUUUAUCUUUCUUAUAAUACAACUGUAAAUGUAAAACAAUAAAGCUACUUGCUUCUUUAGACAGUAUAUGAAAUAAUACACCAUGUGUAUAUUAACUAUUUGUAGCAUAUUAUUUAAAUGGUAAUUCCACGAAAGUUUUGUCAUAUCAGAUCAAAGCUAUUUUCUAUGAUAAUAUGAAAAAGAAAAAAAAGUAGAAAUUCCUCUGUUUGUAAAUUGUUUUACUUUGUUACAAUCAAUUCUGGAGCUGUUUUUAGAAAAUUCUUUUUGACAGGUACUGUACUUUAUUUUCCAUCAUAAUCAUAUCCACUGGCCUAGAUUAUGGCAAGACCUCCCAGUUUCUACAAGAUUGUAUUUAUACUGUUUUCAAAUAUAUCCCGUCAAUUAAAAGAGAAGGAAAGGAAA